CAAGUAUGUUUUCCCUGUCCAUGAUGGUGGGACUGGUCCCAGUAGUGUCCCUCUUUGGUUUGUUCUACUCUGCUGCGGUGGAUGAGAAUUUCCCCCAAGGCUGUACCAGCAGCAACAGUCUGUGUUUCUACAGUCUGCUGCUGCCAGUCACCAUCCCUGUCUAUGUCUUCUUCCACCUCUGGAGCUGGAUGGGACUCAAGCUCUUUAGACACAACUAGGCUGUUUUGACUUCAUUCUGUUAAAAACAAAUAUUUACCCGAGAACACUUCAACACCGAUUAAAACACCUACUGGUGAUGUACAUCGCACUUCUGUGCACUUUUUAUUACUUGGUAAUCAAAGGUAUCAAUGGGUGGUUUGACAUCACGUCAGCAUAUUACAAACACAGGUGCAAUGAAGCUUAAUAGCAGGAACUGCUGUUACUUUCUCCACGAACAAUAGAAUAAAAUGCUAUAAUAUAAUUGUGAUACCUAUCGAAGCAUGGCAGAACUAGACAAGCUGAACUAUAUUCCAAAACAGGCAUGAGCAGCUACGGGUGGAUUGAUCAGCUUCAACAGUUAUUACUGGUAGGGUUUUUUGUUGUUUGUUUGGAUUUUUUUUUCUUCUUUUGAAUUGUGGUAAUCUGUGUGCUUCACAGACAGACAGACUGUUGACAAGUUUUGUAGCUUAUGCUACCUACUUUGAUGUAGUUCCUAUUGUUUGAAUAAAAACAGAUGCUUAACUUACAAA